CAAGAAUUUACCUUUUUGAGAAAUUAAUACUAUUACAUCAUAAUUCAUAUCACAAAAUCCUUGAUAAAUUAUUAUUCUUUUUUAAUGAAAAAAACAAAAAAAAUGUCCUAUACCACUGUUUGAAUCGGAAAGCCGCCUGUAGUGACGCCGUGACGGUAUCCUUUCUCCUGAUGAUUCGAACUCUUAAUUUUCGCCUUUCUUCUCUCCAGAGCGCGCAAGGUUCAUUGAAGGCUAUCUGUCAAGGCUUCAACAGAAACCAUGGAGAUGGACGCUCAACUAUUUCUCUAGAUGGCAUACUACAGGGUCAUGUUGGAGUGACAUCAAAUAGAAAUGUCUAUAAUGGUAUUAGGACUUUUUGUACUACUGAAGACAUGUCACUCAAGAAAUGCAUCCCAUGCAACUCAAAGGACAUGAAGCCUAUGACUGAAGAAGUCGCGAAUAUCUUGAUGAAGCCGGCACCUCAAUGGAGUUUGGUGAAUGAUGGUGGAGUAAUGAAGCUGCACAGGUCCUGGAAAGUUAAAACGUUUGUGAGAGGAAUGGAAUUUUUAAAUCUGGUUGCCAGUCUUGCAGAGAUAGAAGGUCAUCAUCCAGAUCUCCAUCUUGUAGGAUGGAACAAUGUGCAAAUCGAUAUAUGGACACAUGCUGUGGGUGGACUUGCAGAAAAUGAUUUCAUACUUGCUACGAAGAUUGAUAGGCUGGAUGUGCAGAGUCUUUUGAGGAUUCAAGUUCCUAAAUAAGUUGCUGGUUCGAAUCCAUAGUUUUCUCCAACAUUGGUGUUCCAGACCAUCAUUAGAUCACUUGUUUGUUUUUAAGAAUUAUGAAUUAAAAGGCAAGAAUGGAUUUGAAACUUCUAGGCUUCUAGCCUUAGGGCUCCAGCCCAUAAAAACUUUCACUUUUGGCACCGGAAUUAAGAAAGUGAAAUUUAUGAUAGAAAUGUAUUCAGACAGCAACAAUAUCAAAUUAUCAACUACAUAAUUCUUUUUUCAUAUUUUCACUUUCUAUAUAAAAAAAUAAAAAAUGAGAUAGCAUAAUAUAAUAGCAUAGCUUAGCUCUGGA